GCCACACGGAGCAGCAUAAGAAGCGCAAGCCGCAGAUAGAGCAGGAGCGCCCGUCUCCAGCGCGGGACAGUUGGGGUGUGUGCAUGUAAUGAAGCUCAUUUCACGCUUCAGAGACACCCUGCCCCCAAAAUGAGCAAGCGGCGUGCCUCUGUAAUACGACGUACGUAACGUCACAUCCUUCUGCUCGCAUCUUGGUCACAUGGUCGUGAAAUGACAACUUCAACAAAGCCAUGCUGUUCCAUUCUAUUCUACCGACUACGUCAUAGCCACGUUAGCUAUACUUUGUACUAGUGUGGCAGGCAGUGCUGGAAGCGGAGGCACUCAGAGAGUUAAAAGCAAGGCAUGAGUGCCCUUACGUCACUGGGGGCUUGCCGGAGGGAGGAGCAUGACAAGUUGAAUGCACAGUGCCUGAGCGUUUCUGCAAAGAUUCUCGGCUGAAGAUCAAUGAUAAAAUCCCACUUGCUGGCAUAUUUCUUGCUAAGAUGCAGAAAAUUUACUGGAAUCAGCAAGAUGGAAUCUGCAGAAGGCUUUAAUAACAUUGAGAAAUUGAUUACCCUUGAUAAAACAGAUUUGCAAAAUGGUUUCACAGAUGGAAAUUACAAGACAGAAGAGGAACAGUCCUCACUGGAUUUUCUUAGUUUACUAGAAAUUGAUUCAGAUAAUGACAGUUCAAACUCUUUGCCACAGGAAAGUGAUAAAUGGUGUUCAAGAAAUGUUUUAAGGAAGCAGAGGCACUGGGAAAAAAUCAUAGCAGCCAAGAAAUGUAAAAGAAAACAAGAGAAGGAAAGAAGGAAAGCAAAGAAUGCUGAAAAUGUAGAACAAGGAGCAGCUGAGCAGAAGCACAGUAAGAAGUUUCUGAAAGCUUUGACAAAAGAGCACCUGCUGGAAGCAAAGAAUUCAGGUCCCAGACUUUGCAUUGACUUGAGCAUGACCCAGCAUAUGACAAAAAAGGAAUUAAGUCGUCUUUCAGCUCAGAUCAGAAGGCUCUAUGGAUCAAAUAAAAAAGCUGCAAAACCAUUCUGGCUAUACCUGACAAGUUUUGCUGGAAACAGCCUAUUCUAUGAUGAAUGUGUGCGAAUGAAUGAUGGAUUUGUCAAUUAUCUGGUAGAUACUACGGAAAACAGCUUUCUUGACAUAUUUCCAUUGGAAACUGUUGUUUAUCUUACACCUGAUUCAGAUAAUGCGCUUGAAGAUGUUAAUCCAGAAAAGGUUUAUGUGCUUGGUGGUUUGGUGGAUGAAAGUAUCCAGAAGAAGCUGACAUACCAUAAAGCUAGAGAACACGGACUGCAGACUGCACGACUGCCAAUUCAAGAGUAUAUGGUUAAAAAUGUGAACGUAAAGAACUUCCAUUCUGAGAUUCUAGCAAUCAAUCAAGUCUUUGAUGUGUUAUCCACAUAUUGCAGAACCCAGAGUUGGCCAGAAGCUCUGCAAGCUGGAGUUUCACCUGGAAAGGGCUAUAUUCUUCGCAACAAAACCACACUAGAAGAAAAAGAGGAUUUAUUUUAAAAUGUGGUCAUUUUCUAUAUCUAAUUUAUUUUGUUCAGUAAGAAUUAUACUUUUAAAGAAGGCCAAGACCAUUCAUCAGAAUUCGAAGAUUGUUUUUGGAGAUCUAACUUCUGUUUUAUAUUUUAUAAAGCUCUUCUGUGCUAUGGUCAUCUGAUCUGUCGUACAUUAUAUUACUAAGAUAUAUAUUACAACCUUACCUCAGAAACUGUACUUAGGUUCUUACAAAUAUUGGUGUACAAUGUAUUUACCUAUUUUUAUGGUUCUUAGUUGCAUUUUUUAUAUUCCAAAAUAUUUUGGACUUAAUAAAUCAGUACUAAGCUUUUAAAUUAAUCAUUGUUCUUCAGAAGAAGUUGUUGACCAAGUCUCUUAUAGUAAGUGUGUUAAAAAAAAAAUAAAAAUAGGGGCCAUCAUGAUUUUAUUAUUAUUGCAAAUGGCAAUUUUUUUUUUUUUUUUUUAAACUAAGCAUGUGGAGUUGGUGCGGGAUCCCCUACCCCAGAGAUCACAUUAAUGCAGCAAAACAAAACUCGAGUAUCAGAAGCUACUCCACUUAGAAGUGCAGCUAUAACUGGAAAUCUGCUAUUUUGUUAGACUUGUUUGGCAUAUAUUGCUAUGUGUAACUCACGUGUUUGGAUAUCUGUUAUUUUUAGAACUUCUUACCAAUUUCCCAGCUGUGAAAAGAAAAAUAUAUGUUGAAAGCAAAUUAAAAACAACUGCAAGAAACA